GUGAAAUUCUAUGAAAUACGAAAGAUAUCCCGUCCUCCUUUCAUCCCCUCCGGAGAGAAAAGCAACUCACGAUUUCGCUCUCUUGCCAUCUCAACUGCGCAGUUGGACUUUGUCAAUCCCACCAUGAAGACAUCGCAAUGUCUAUUGAAUUCCUCCAUCGCCCUCAGGAAUGUGUUCAUUAGCAAAUCACUCGUUUUGGAAUCGCCUGGACAGCUGCAACGUCUGCUGCUACCCGCCAUCGCCAAUUCCUUUCGGUCGCCCUCGUCCUUGCGCCGUCUUCACUCCACCCGAUAUGUCUCUCUAAUAAAAAAGGGCCCUCCCAGAGCAGCCAGCCCUGCCCCCGACAAUCUACUUCGGAACUACGACAUCAAGUAUCCGUUGGUACAAAUCCGGCAACCCGACAACAGGCUCUCCCCGCCAGAGGAAACAAAGAGCGUUCUCAGGCGUAUCGACCGGGCCCGGUAUGACCUUGUCCUAAUUGUUCCCCCCAAAAAGGAAGGCAAGGGCCCCGAGUAUCCCAUUUGCGUCGUGGUCGACCGCAGGGCCGCCAGCGAAGCCGCCCGGGCCAAGGAGAAAGCAGAGAAGGAGAUCAAGAAAGCAAACAAAUCAGUCCUGAAGGAGUUGGAGAUAAAUUGGGCCAUCGCGCCGCAUGAUCUGGCUACGAAAAUGAAGCAGCUAAAGAAGUUCCUUAGCAAGGGCUACAGAGUGCAGCUCAGAUUGUAUAACCCAAAAGAACGGAGUAAGAGGCGCGCUACACCGGAAGAAGCGAAGGAGGUCCACAAGGUUGUCUUGCAAAUCAUUGCGGAGGUGCCUGGGACGGCCAACUUUAAGCCGACCACGGGAGCCGUGGGCCAGGAAUUGAUAAUGUACUUGCAACCUAGCACCAAAGCCACAGGAACAGCAGCAGCAGAUGGGAAGGCGAGCGACGAGACGGCGACAAUGGAGGUAGCAGAGGCAGCAGUAGUGAAAGAGGCAGGACCUUGAUAGUGUAGGACUGUACUUGUAUUGUACAAUACCAUAAUUACCGUAACUUACAGAAUCCGUGCAUUGAAGAAGUAACCUCAA